CGGCUGUAUGGUAGGGGGACGCCACUUCAUCAUGACAAGUGUUUGAGCCUUUCUCGCGGAUUUACAACGUCGCUGAGCCAUCUACCGAAACAUACACACACCACCAGUUGCCUCAGUCUUCAACUAUGCCUGAUAUCAAGCUGUGCUACGUGAUCAUUUUCCGAGACGGUACCGUCAUCGACACGAUUCGCGUCGAAGACUCGUUGGAUUUUGCGAAAGUCUGUCGCAAGAUCUACGAGGAGCACAAGAUUGCGUUCCAACGUCAGAGCAUUGACCGCGGUGAUAUAGACAUCUACACUCCUCCCGAACUGAACGCUGCUCCAAAUAAUACCCUGGUCGAUCGUGUGAAGACGAGUGUGGAGGGUUCAGACCCCACUUCCCCAUUGGAUGAAGUCAGCUCGAUCUCUUCUAUACUGAACCCACAGGAGAAGUUGGUUCAUCUUGUGCUCGUGGCACGUCCUCCAGCUAUAACGGGGCCUCAACAUGACGCAGGGACGCCUGUUGAGGACCCGGAAGUUGUGAAAUUAUACCGAGAUAUCAUUAUCCAAGUACACAAGUGGGGCGAUUACACGGAAUUAGACGUGAUCCAGAACGAGAUAAAAGCGAACACAGAAAUCUCAGUUCCAAGAUUUGUUGCGGAGUUUGAAGAGAAGUUGGAUAGCAACCCAGGUUUGGCCCCUGAUAUGCUUGAGGCGUUAAAGGUUAUACUCGGUGAUCAAUACCAAGCUGCGUAUUUCGGGUCUCUUAUAAACUCAAACGCUGCGGAGGAGCAAUCCGGGGCACGGGCCGCCGGUGGUGAGGAGACCGCUGAGGCUGAGGAUGAAGAUCAUAACAAUCGGAGACAACCAUGGCGCCAAGCCGAUCGACUCGAGCUGAUGCAUAUCGCGGAGAUUGCAUCCGAAAAUUGGCAAGAGUUUUGGACGGGCCCUUUUGGAAAGGCUUUGGAGGAAGAUAUAGCGGAUGUCAUCUUCUUUCUGAGGCUCAUGCUUCAUAUUCCAGACGGACCGAUUAGUGCUCAAAAGUAUGUGCGGCCUUGAUUGCUUGCCUUCGAUUAUGACCGUCGUCCCUACAGAAACAAGUCGGAAAUCACUCUCAUCCUGGAAUGUGAAACUCGCAAAC